CCGAAAUCCAGCGAAGGCAAGGAGGAGCCCCUUUCGCCGAAGAUGCAGAGCCCCUCGUGAAGCGCGCGGAAUCUCUUCGUGCGGCCGCCUGGCCAAGGAGCUGUCGCGAGUUUGUUCCCCAGGACUCAAGGUGUAUGAUAAAGUGGCCGAGAUGUUUUCAGAAGCCUUUUUAGCUGUUCUGCUGUGCACAACGCUGGCUCCUCUCCACGCUCAAAAUUAUGAUGACGUUAGUGCAGCUUCGUCCUGUGCAGAGCAAACUGACUGUCCCAUCAGGGUGUAUUUUGUGAUUGACACAUCUGAGAGUAUUGCGCUGCAGACUGCACCUUUGGGGAGUAUAGUGACCCAUAUGAAGAGCUUCAUCCCCGAAUUCAUCACAAAGCUGGAGAAUGAGCUCUACCAGAGCCAAGUGUCCAUCAACUGGCAAUUUGCAGGACUUCAUUUUUCAGAUGUGGUGAAAAUAUACAGCGAGUUCACCAACAGCAAGACGAUCUACCGUGAUCGGUUGGAGAAAGUUCAAUACAUUGGUCGGGGCACCUUCACAGAUUGUGCUCUCUCCAACAUGACAGCACAGAUCCUGGCCAAUCCAUCCCCUGGGGCUGUCAAUUAUGCCAUUGUGAUCACUGAUGGCCAUGUGACAGGGAGUCCCUGUGGAGGGAUGAAGCUGCAAGCUGAAAGAGCCCGAGACGCAGGGAUCAGGCUCUUUGCAGUGGCCCCCAGCCACAACAUCUUUGAGCAAGGGCUGCGAGAGAUUGCCAACCCCCCGAUGGAGCUUUACCGUAGCAAUUACGCCAUCACAAAGAUGGACCCUAUCAGACAAGAAUCAACCACCGAGAUAGAUACCAAUACCAUUGAUAGGAUCAUCCAAGUUAUGAAACACGAAGCCUAUGGAGAGUGCUACAAAAUGAGCUGCCUAGAAAUUGCAGGCCCCCCUGGCCCAAAGGGGUUUCGGGGACAAAAGGGUGCAAAGGGCAACAUGGGGGUGCCAGGUGUUCCUGGGGCAAAAGGACGACAGGGUGACCCAGGAAUUGAAGGUCCAAUUGGAUAUCCAGGUCCCAAGGGUAUUCAUGGUCUAAAAGGAGAAAAGGGAGAGUUUGGAGGAGAUGGACGAAAGGGGGCUUUUGGCUUGUUUGGACGGAACGGCACAAGUGGGCAAAAGGGCAAACUGGGGCGCAUUGGACCUCCUGGCUGUAAGGGAGACCCAGGCAACAGGGGCCCUGAUGGUUAUCCCGGAGGUGCUGGAGAUCAAGGGUUGCCUGGGGACCAAGGGAUCAAGGGUGAUCCUGGACGUCCUGGUCGCAGCGGACCACCUGGGUUGGCUGGAGAGAAAGGAAAUCGGGGACCAAAAGGCACCAAUGGAUCUCCUGGCACUCCUGGCACAAAGGGAGCCAAAGGUGGCCCAGGAACUCUUGGACCCAAAGGAGAACCUGGCCGUCGUGGUGAUCCUGGAACCAAGGGGGGACCUGGAGGUGCUGGACCCCCUGGCGGGAGAGGAGACCCUGGUUCUGAGGGCCAGAGAGGGCUACCAGGAGAAGUUGGAAACAAGGGAGGCAGGGGAGAUCGAGGAAUGCCUGGCCCACGAGGUACUCAGGGUGCUGUGGGAGAACCAGGAAAGCCUGGCUCACGAGGGGAUCCUGGUGAUGCUGGUGUCAGGGGCGACUCUGGGGUGCCAGGUCCAAAGGGUGACAGAGGAAGACCUGGCUUUAACUAUCCCGGUCCAAGAGGAACUGCGGGUGAGAAAGGUGAGAAGGGGCUUCCAGGACCAGAGGGUGCAAGAGGUGACUUUGGACUAAAAGGCCCUCCAGGAAACAAAGGAGAAAGAGGUGAACCUGCUGAUCCUGGCCCACCGGGCGAACCUGGGCCCAGAGGACCUCCGGGUGAAGGAGGCCCUGAGGGUGGCCCUGGCCCUGCUGGAGAUCCUGGCCUGACUGACUGUGAUGUGAUGGCAUACAUCAGAGAGACCUGUGGCUGUUGUGACUGUGAGAAGCGGUGUGGCCCCUUGGACUUAGUCUUUGUUAUAGACAGCUCAGAAAGUAUUGGCUAUACCAAUUUCACCCUGGAGAAGAACUUUGUCAUCAAUGUGGUGAGCAGACUUGGUUCCAUUGCCAAGGAUCCAAAAUCUGAGACAGGCGCCCGUGUUGGGGUGGUGCAAUACAGCCACGAAGGGACAUUUGAAGCCAUCCAGCUGAAUGAUGACCGCAUUGACUCCCUCUCCAGUUUCAAAGAGGCAGUGAAGAAGCUGGAGUGGAUUGCAGGGGGCACGUGGACCCCCUCUGCGCUCCAGUUCGCCUACAACACCCUCAUCAAGGAGAGCCGGAGAGACAAAGCCCGGGUGUUUGCUGUGGUGAUUACAGACGGGCGCCACGAUCCCCGGGAUAGUGAGUCUAACUUACCGGCUCUCUGCAGCAAGGGGGUCACUGUCCAUGCCAUUGGGAUUGGUGACAUGUUCAACAAGAAGGAGGAAGACGAGACCCUGAGCUCGAUUGCCUGCGAUGACAACAACAGAGUUCAGAGGAUGAAGUUGUUUUCGGAGCUGGUGGCUGAUGAGUUCAUCGACAGCAUGGAGCAUGAACUUUGUCCAGAUCCUCAGAUCGUCUGCCCCGAACUUCCCUGCCAAACAGAGCUUGCUGUUGCCCAGUGCACACAGCGCCCUGUGGACAUUGUCUUCCUCCUGGAUGGCUCUGAAAGAAUUGGUGAACUGAACUUCCAGAGGGCCCACCGUUUUGUAGAAGAUGUGGCCCGACGUCUAACCCUAGCCAGAAGUAACAGUGACAAUAUGAAUGCGCGCAUUGCCCUUGUGCAGUACGGAAGUGAGAAUGAACAUAGGGUGGCUUUUGAAUUGACACACAAUCUCACUAUCAUCUCGGAUGCCUUAGAUCAGAUCAAAUACUUGGACUCUUCUUCCAACAUUGGGUCUGGCAUCAUCCAUGCCGUCAACAACAUUGUCAUCAACCCGAGAGACAGGCAGAGAGCAGCCAGGCGCAACGCCGAGCUGUCAUUUGUCUUCAUCACAGAUGGCAUUACAGGCAGCAAAAACCUGGUUGAGGCUGUUGACUCCAUGAAGAAGCAGAAUGUGAUGCCCACCGUGGUGGCCUUAGGGAGCGAUGUGGACAUGGAUGUUCUGCUGAAGAUUGGUCUGGGGGACCAGGCAGCCAUUUUCCGGGAGAAGGACUAUGCCAGCCUCUCCCAGCCUGGCUUCUUUGAUAGAUUCAUUAGGUGGAUCUGUUAGUUGCAGGGAAGUGCAGUCUCCCAUCACACACCAAAGUUAUUAAUGUCCUAAAAUGGUUAUAUGGUUUUUAGCAAAUGCAAGUUGCCCAAGGGCAGCACGCACAAAUCUGCGGUGGAUUUAUUUUUAUAGCCAAAACCUGUAGGCUCAUUUUAAAUUUCAUGAUGAAACUCAAUUUUAUGGUGCUAAUUAAAAUCAAGGUGAAGGAAGGAUCCAAAACUA